AUGGCACUCGAGGUGGCCUCUCGCAUGGCUCUUAACGGCCCAUUGCUCUCUAAGAGCGUCACUGCAGCUCUUGCUACACCCUCAAUCCCCCUCACACGAGCAGCCUCGCUCCCAAUUCUCCGAGCCCACCAACAGCAACGACAGCUUCACCUUACCCCUCGAAACAGAGCUCCGAACAAUAGCCUACUCGGAGUGAGUAGCUCGAAUGUACCUUCCUCUUACUUUCAACGUCCUUCACUCCCCGCGAAUACUAUAAUUCGCUUCGUGCCACAACAAACAGCAUGGAUUGUCGAGCGGAUGGGGAAGUUCAACCGGAUUCUACAGCCCGGUUUAGCUAUUCUCUGGCCAUUCCUAGAUAAAAUAGCAUAUGUGAAGAGUUUGAAGGAAGCUGCGAUCGAAAUACCAAGCCAAAGUGCCAUUACAGCAGACAAUGUCACCUUGGAGCUUGAUGGUGUUCUAUAUACUCGUGUCUUUGAUGCGUACAAAGCUAGCUAUGGGGUCGAAGACGCUGAAUACGCUAUCUCACAACUCGCCCAAACAACCAUGCGUUCAGAAAUCGGUCAACUGACCCUCGACCACGUUCUUAAAGAGCGAGCAGCUCUCAACACCAACAUCACACAAGCGAUCAACGAGGCAGCGCAGGAUUGGGGUGUUGUCUGUCUUCGUUAUGAAAUCCGAGAUAUCCAUGCACCAGAGGGAGUCGUCGCAGCUAUGCACAGACAAGUCACAGCCGAGAGGAGCAAAAGGGCUGAGAUCUUGGAUUCGGAGGGUCAGAGACAAAGCGCUAUCAAUAUUGCCGAGGGACGGAAACAGAGUGUCAUUCUUGCUUCCGAAGCUUUGAGGAGCGAACAGAUCAAUAUGGCGAGUGGUGAGGCCGAGGCAAUACUUUUGAAGGCCAAGGCAACGGCUGCGGGUAUCGAUGCAGUUGCUGCAAGCAUCAAGGCAGGAGCCGAGUCUGCUCAAGGUGCUGUGAGCUUGAGUGUUGCGGAGAAGUAUGUCGAGGCAUUCGGCAAACUUGCUAAGGAAGGGACGGCUGUGGUUGUGCCGGGAAACGUGGGUGAUAUCGGGAGCAUGAUUGCUAGCGCGAUGGCAGUCUACGGAAAAGUGGGAGACGCACAAGCAAAGACGAUGGCGGCAAAGGCACUACAGGUCCAAAAUACAGCAGAGGAGGUUGACGAAAGCUACAGCUCAGAGUCACCAAACGACGAGAUGAAGCGAAGCAUGCUCGCAUCCUUUGAGAACACUCGAUCGAAGAAGUAG